AUCGCCAUCGCUUCAGCUGGGUCCCAUACAUCUUCGGGCUACUCUGGGGCACCGGCUGAUGUUCCGAAGCGGCCCAUGGCAGUCCCAUGGAGGAAGAUGCUAUCCGCACAUGGGUGAUCAUGACUCUAGUCACAGUGGCAAUCAUCGCAUUUGCUUCCUGCGCGGAAGAUAUAUUUGAUGAGUUGGCUAUGGAAACGCUGUAUACGGAGGACGACGGCGAGACGCAGGAGUACACGAAAGAACGGCGGGAACGUCCCCACGUACACCAACCCCCUGGACCAGCGAGCGAAGGCUUUGGAGGCGGACGUGUACAGGUCGCUCCUGGACAGGCAGCACGGUCGCAACAGGCAGAGCGAAAAUACCGGAAGCCUUGCCGCAAGAAGUCGAGCAUUGCCGAGCAAAGCGCUGUGUCUUCCACAUCCACCAUCGCCGACUGUUCCACGAAAUCCACAGAGGAAGACAGUCUCUUGACAACGGCAUCGCAUUCCGUGAUAUGCCCCAAAUAGUAUGACACCAGCUGUCCAUAAGCGGGUUUCCAAAUUCACGCUUCCAGGAUGUACAGUUAAUGUUCGUGGCGACAGAGUCAUGGCAGGUGCCGGAAGAAAAAAGUAUUACGCAAGUCGCGAUUUUUAUUGUAAGACGUCUACUUGUGACAGCAUUCGAGAUACAAAUGUAAAUCUACGUUGUUGCAAUAGACCCUGCGCAUAAAUUUCGCACAUAUUAUUGUUUAGCGUAAACACGGCUUGCAGAAGGAAAUCAGACACAAAAUUUGAGGAUAAAUCGGCCUUGUGCAUUGGGCAGAGUAUUCAAUGUGUUCAUAUGUCACGACCGCGAACAGUAGUGAAAUCAACGAGUAGGGACAUCUCAGGACGCCGCGCAAUUGAGCAUCAAGUUUAUGUAGCGCGCUACGUGAAUUUGUCAUCCAUUAAAGCGGUCAGCCUUCCCUCUGCUCUGUGA